AUGGUACACUUUGAAAAGCCUUCUUAUCACCUUUUAUUUGUAGUAUUUUCUCUACUCUUACUUCCAUCCAGCCUUGCAACAAGAGAAGAAGGAGAAGCUCUAGUGACCUGGAAGAACAGCCUGUCCCCGUCCUCGUUCCUCGAAUCUUGGUCCUCAACCAAUCUCAACAAUCUUUGUAACUGGACUGGCAUUACCUGCAACUCCGAGGCCUCAGUAUCUGAAAUCAACCUUUCACAAAAACAACUCCAAGGAACGCUUGCUGAGUUCCGUUUCAAUUUGCUACCAAGUCUAAAAACUUUUACGAUCAGUAGUAACAACUUCACUGGUCCAAUUCCAUCAGAUAUUGGAAAUUUAACAAAGCUUCAAGACCUCGAUUUUAGCUUUAAUUUUCUCAAUGGUUCUAUACCAUAUCAGGUUAGUCAUCUUCAGAGGUUGCGCGUCUUAGACCUGUCAUAUAAUCUCCUGGAAGCUCCAAAUUGGUCCGAGUUUUCGCCCAUCCCUUCCUUGACUAAACUUUAUCUCAGAUCAAAUAAUCUUGCCUCCAAAUUUCCAGGAUUUAUAUCCAGUUGUCAGAGCCUGACUUAUCUUGAUCUUUCACAUAACUUUAUAACAGGCGAUCUCGCGCAAGAAUCAGUUUUCAACAAAUUGAUAAAUCUUGAGUCCUUCUCUAUUCGUAAUAAUUCUAUUGAGGGGCCGUUUCCACCAAGUAUAUUUUCUCUUUCCAAAUUACGAUUUCUUGACCUAUCAAGAAAUAACUUUUCAGGUUCUAUUCCCCGGAAUAUAGGAUUGCUUCGUCAUCUUGAAUAUCUCAGCUUGUUUUUUAAUUCAUUCGAGGGCAGUAUACCUUCAUCUAUUGGUCUACUUAGGAAGCUUCAAUUACUAGAUAUCGGAUAUAAUUAUUUAAAUUCCAGUAUUCCUCGUGAAAUCGGGCUUUUGACUAAUCUCAGCGAAUUAUAUCUCAAUGUCAAUAGUCUUACUGGCAAAAUUCCUUCUGAGCUCGGCCUCUUGACUAAGCUCAACUAUAUAAUUCUUUUUUCCAAUAAUUUGACCGGAGAUAUUCCAUCUGAAAUCGGAAACCUGAAGCUACUGACUCGGCUUCUCCUCGGGUCUAAUCAUUUGACUGGAUCGGUUGCAGACUCCAUUUCUAAUCUCAGUAAUCUAGAGUUUCUUGGUCUACCUAAUAACAGAUUUUCUGGAAGUAUUCCUAGUGACUUCUGGAAAAAAUAUAAAUCGUUAUUAUACAUCGACUCCAGGAACAACAAUUUGUCAGGAAGCAUUCAGGGAUUUGAUGCUAAUCUGAAUCUUACUUUCAUUAAUCUGAGCGGAAACCAUUUUACAGGUAUACUUUUCACCUUAUUUUACUUCCUCUGUUUUGAAAUAUAUGUCGUUUGA